GGAACUUUUCUACUCGUUUGUGCAAAUAUAAUACAAUACUGAUAAAAGAAGAUAUAGGUUAGAUAAAACCUCAAUGUACUAGUAGUCAAUAGUAUUAAAGGCAUGGAUUAUUGAGGAAGAAAAAAACAACACAGAGCAAUGAUGGAGUUGUGGAGUAGUAUUCUGUGUCUGAUACUCACAUGGGCAAUCAUCCAAGCCGUUCAUUCAAUCAUGAGAUCCAAACCCAGUUCCGGCAACCUUCCACCGGGACCAAAACCAUUACCAGUCAUCGGAAACCUCCACCAACUCGGUGACAAACCCCACAAGUCCCUGGCCGAGCUCGCCAAGCUCCAUGGCCCCUUGAUGAGCCUCAAGCUUGGUCAAGUCACAGCCAUCGUGGUUUCUUCAUCGGCCGUGGCCAAAGAAGUCCUUCAAACACAUGACCAGUACUUGUCGAACCGAACCAUCCCGGAUGCGCUCUAUGUUCAUGGUCAUGAGAGCGUUGGUCUUCCAUGGAUUCCGGUCUCUAACCUGUGGAGAAAUCUUAGGAAGAUCUGUAACACUCAACUGUUUGCAGUCAAAGUUUUGGAUACAAACCAAAAACUCAGGCGGAGGAAAGUGAAGGAGCUUCUUGAGGAAAUGGAAAAGAGUAGCUUGAGUGGUGCAGCUGUGGAUAUUGGCAGCGCAGCUUUCUCUACGACACUUAAUUUGUUGUCUAACACCAUGUUUUCUGUCGAUUUGGCUGACUCGGAAUCGGAACUGGCUAGAGAUUUUAAGGAUAUUAGUUGGAAUAUCAUGAAAGAGGCUGGGACACCAAACUUGAGUGACUACUUCCCGUUGCUUAAGAAGAUUGACCCUUUGGGUAUAAGGCGUCGCAUGAAGAUUCACGUAAGUAGAAUAUUGGAACUUAUUGAAGGAGUGAUCGGCCAAAGGUUGAAGCUAAGGGAAUCUUCGAAGUCCGUUAAGAACGAUGACGUUUUGGAUACCCUUCUCGACAUUAUGGAAGGAAACAACAACGAAAUCAACAGACACCAGAUCGUGCAUUUGUUACUGGUUCUGUUCGUAGCGGGCACGGAUACGACUGCUGCCACUUUUCAAUGGGCAAUGGCCGAACUGCUUCGUAACCCAGAAACCCUGUCCAAAGCCAGAGCAGAACUCGGCCAAAUCAUCGGAAAAGGAAACCCAGUUGAGGAAUCCGACGUUUCUCGGCUACCUUACUUACAAGCCGUGCUAAAAGAAACGUUUCGACUACACCCAGCGGUUCCAUUGUUGCUCCCUCGUAAAGCCGAAACAGAUGUCGAAAUCAACGGCUUCACAAUCCCAAAGGGUGCUCAAAUCUUUGUCAACGCAUGGGCUAUAGGCAGAGAUAAGAACAUAUGGGAUGAGCCAGAUUUGUUCAAACCGGAGAGAUUCAUAGGGUCAGAAGUGGACGUUAAAGGAAGGAGCUUUGAGGUGAUACCCUUCGGAGCUGGGCGAAGAAUAUGCCCUGGAUUGCCUUUGGCUAUGAGGAUGCUGCCAUUAAUGUUGGGGACCCUUAUCCACUCUUUUGAAUGGAAGCUCGAAAAUGGGCUUAAACCAGAAGACGACGUUGAUAUGAACGAUAAGUUUGGCAUCACUUUACAAAUGGCUCAGCCCUUACGAGCUGUUCCAACUCUUGCAUAACCUUAUUACAAAUGGCCAUCAUGUCGACGUCGUCGUCGUCGUCGUCGUGUGAACCGUACUAUAUUUCAAUAAUAUUUUUUAUAAAACUUUUUGUCUGUAACUUAAGAUUUUAAAGACCCAUUUUUUAUGUCUCACUAAUAAUUUUAUUUGAGUUAGCUGAUCAGUUUUCUCAUA